AUGCAGAAGGCAUCUACUUAUGUCCGUGAGAUGUUUGCCAAAACCCAAGGGGUUAGCAAAUGGCGGCAAUAUCUACUUGGCCGGCGUUUUAACGUUGUUACUGACCACCAAACUCUUAAGAAUUUAACCAACCAAGUUAUACAAACCCCAGAGCAGCAGAAAUGGUUGGGCAAGUUGGUUGGUUACGACUUUGACAUUGUGUAUCGACCUGGAAAGAGCAAUUUGGCUGCUAAUGCUCUGUCUCGCAUGCCCUCUUCUUUAAAGGAUGGCUGGUUUUCCCUUCUGAUCCAUCUCUUUGCCUACAUCUAUUACAUGAGUUUCAUUCAUCCCCACUUGGAGGCCAUGCUGGUGUUACCCGCACCUUCCAUCGGUUGUCUUCCAAUUUUUAUUGGAAAAAAUAUGCGCCAUGAUGUUAAGGUAUUCGUAGCUUCCUGCUCUAUUUGUCAGCAGAUGAAGGAUUUGCACCACCAUCCAGCGGGACUUCUACAACCAUUGCCUAUUCUGGAUCAGGUUUCUGAGGAGAUUACCAUGGAUUUUAUUACUUGCCUACCUUCCUCGCGUGGUAAGACAACCAUCAUGACAGUUGUCGAUAGGUUAUCCAAGUAUGGGAAUUUCAUUCCAUUGCCGGCUACUUUCACUGCUAUCACAGUGGCCAAAGCUUUUGUUGCUCACAUCGUCAAGCUUCAUGGGCCGCCGAAGUCUAUAGUCACGGACCGAGAUCCUCGCUUUUUGCACUCUUUUUGGCAGGAGUUAAAUCGGCUUCAGGGUGCCACAUUGGCCAUGAGCACGACAUGUCAUCCACAAACAGAUGACAAGCUGGAAUUACCGGAGGAGGCCAAGAUUCAUCCUGUUUUUCACAUUUCUAUGCUUAAGAAAUGUGUGGGCACUAAUGAUGUGAACCUUGCGGACAAGGAUGUGUUUGGGGAGGGAGGUAAUGUUAUGGCCAUGUCAGAUAAAAAUGCACAAUCAGCUGAUAAAAGUGCACAAUCAACUGAUCCUACCAGCAAUAAGACCACCUCAGCAAAAGUUGUUACAGAAAGUGUGAGGUGCAGCAAGCGAGUGAAACGGCCUACAACAAUGCUAACAGAUUUUAUCUGGCAGCCCGGGUGA